AUGUUAAGAGGAGGAGGGGCUUGCGCAAACUCGCGUUAGUAAUAGUCACUACAAAUGAGUACUUUACUCAUCUCUAAUCAAUUUGAGACCAUACUAACUAAUAAUAUUUAGUGUAUCUCAAAAAACGCUGAGGAUACACAGAAUAAUUAUUCAGAAUUGUUAUCCAGUCUUUAAGCACUAUUAUCUCUUGAUUAUGAAUUAAACAAUCUUAUUAAGUCAUAGAAUUAACUUAAUAAGCAAAUUCCAAAUCUUGAGAAAAGUCUUUAAGCCAUUUUAGAAUCGUGCCUUUUACUUAAAAAUAAUCAACUUAGAUAUUAUGCAGUCAAAUUUGCUGAAAAACUUUCUAGAACCAUAUUUUGGCAUUAUUGUUCAGCUAAAUCAAUCAAAGAUGGUCUUCAAUAAAGCUUCAUAACUCUCUUUAAUAAAAUUGAAUUACUAAAUAAUAAUGAAGAUGGAUUUUACAAAAGUUUGACAGAGUAUGAAAUAACUCUUUCUAAAAUGAUUUUUACUAUAUUACCUAAUGAUUUUUAAGAAGGGCUGGAAGUAAUCGCCCUUUUUGCAAGUAUCAAUGAAGUUUUGAUGAAUGCAUUACCAAAAACUAUGAGAGAAACAAUAAAAGGUGGCAUAGUCUAAUCAAUAAGAGAUGCUACUAAGGUUUAAUAUCGUAAAAUAUAUAAAUAAAUCUUUAAUAUUGAUAUAAUGAAAUGGUGGGUACUUACUGAACUUAAAUAAAGUACCCAUACAAUAAAAGAGAUUAUUAACGAAUUAUAAGAAUUUUACAAAGUUCUGUCUAAAUCUGAUUAUUAUGUAUAAUAAGCUUGGAUUAUUGCUAUAAGCGAAAUAGUUUCUUAUGCACCAACACUCUCAGAAGAUUAAUUAGUUAUGGAAUAAUCUGAAAUAUAAACGCUUGUUGAUGUAUCAUGUUUAACCAAAAUAAAAGAGGAAUAUAGAGUUAAUAUUAAUAUUCCAAAGCUUAAAUACACUUAAUGUUAAGGACUUUAUGAAAAAUUACCCACAUUAACUUUACUCCAGUAGAUCUAAGAGUAAAUCAUAUCAAGAGACAAGUUUUUUAACAUUCUUUAUGAUAACAAAGAAGAAAUAAAAGAAUAAUAGAAAUAAGAAACUACAGCUAAAACCAUUUUUGAAUACAUAUUCUCAUUAUUUGUUGAUUGUGAUAUUGAAAUUAAUAUUGAUUUAAUUCGUAAGGUCAAUUAACAAUUUAUUGAAUUAAAUGAGAACAUUUAAUUGAUUAAGCAGAUGAGCUUAAAUAAAUGGAUUAAAAUGUUAGAAUCUAAAUAAUGUACAGAUCCAGUUGUUUUUGGUGAAUUUGAAUAAAAAUAAAAACAAAUAAAGCAUUUGAUAAAUAAGGUAAAAGAAAUUUAAAAAUUUUUUAUUUAAUUAGAUUUCAUUUUUACUUAAUGGAAUUUUAUUGAACAAAUUACAGAAUCUGAUUCAAAAUUAUAAACUUAAUCGGCAUUUGUCUAAGAAAACAAAUAAAAUUUACAAGAUUGUGAAACAAUAAGAGAUCUUAAUUAGUAAAAUUUUAAAGAUUUACUUUUAUUAAGUAUAAGAUUUGAUGUCUAUUUUUUAAUCUUAACUGAAUUUAUUGAGAGACAAUAUACAGCUGUUUACCAAGUUGUCUAAUCUACUUAAUCAGCAGAUCCUAUAUUAUCAUUAUACAAAUAGUAUAAAGAUGUUUAAGACAUUGUCUAAAUAAGUUUUCGUAAAGUAAAUGAGAAAAUUUUACAAUUUAAGGAAAUAUUUUAAGGUAUCUCUGAAAAAUUGAAAUAAAUUGAAUACAAUUAUAUUUUGAAGUUUUAUCAUGUCUCAUUAAAAUUAUAACAUUAAGAUUUACCAAAUCAAAUUUUUGAGUUUAGAAAUUCAGAUCAUUAAACUCUUUACUUUAUAUAAAAUUAUGAAAAAUAAAUUUUAAAGAUUUAAUUAAUCAAUUUACAUUAAGCAUUUAAAGAUUGUGUUUCUAGCAGUCAAUUUUAAGAUUAUGAAGAAGCUAAAAUCUAUUUAUAAACAAUAUACUAAAUUUGUAAAUCUAUGGAAAGUUUAUUACGUUAAAAUAAAAAACUAUUCUAACAUAUUAAUAAUUUUAAAUAAUCAAUAUAAAUAGUGUCUAGUCAUGAUAAAUUUAAUGAUUUAUUGAAUAUAUGGACAUUAAUUUUAUAGACAACCACAGAACUUGAUUAGUAAUAAUUUGAUUAGGCAGUUUUUCUUGUCAAAUACGAUUAAUUAUAUAUGAAAUAUGAGUAAAUAUUAAAACUUAAUUAAUAAAUAAGAUGGCCUUUUAAUUAAUAUUUGGGUUAAUACUUUAAAAUGCUUAAUUAAUUAGAAACUAUUUUCUAAGAACUAAAAACUUUUAAGACAUUCGAUGCCACUGCUGAUCCAAAUACAUAAAAUAGAUAUGAUAGCUUGAGAUUAAAUCUUAAAUAAAUAUCUCAAAGCUAAAUUUAAAGAAUUAAAUCAACCCUUGAAUAAUAUACAUUAGGAGUAGAUUAAUUAUAAAAUAAACUUGAGAAUCAAACUCAUCUUUCAAUAGAAGAUUUAUUAAAUUAAUUAAUUAAUAUGUAGGAAGCUUUAGAUGAUACUUUAAAUUAAAUUCAAAUGAGGAUUAAUUAACCUUAGUCUUAAUAAAAUGUAGGAUCUCUAAAUUUAAUUUAAAGUAAUCGGUUAUCAGAUUUUGAUAAUCUAUAUAAUUAUAAAAUUCAUGAAGAUAUAAUUGUAAUUGCAUCUUAUAUCAAAUUUAAUUAUAACUUUAUUGAACAGAAUGCAAUAAUGGAUUCAUUAAAAUUAGAUUUAAAUGACGAUUAAAACUAACAUGUAGUAUAAUCAGGAAUAAAUUCUGCAUAGAUAAGAAUUUUAAUGUUUAUUAAUUUAAUAAAUAUUUGGAAUAGUUGUCUUGGAUAAGAGGAAUAUGAUAUAAUAAGUAAGUUGAUUUUAUAAUUAAGAUUGAAUGAGUCUAAUUAAAUAAUAAAAAAAGAAAUUAAAACAACAUACAAAAAAGAAUUUUUAUUUAUUCUAGACAAUAUAUUGAAAAAUCUAUUACCAAAUCUAGAGGAGGAUUUAAGAUCAAAAAUUUAAGAGAGAAAUUAAUUAUCAUUUUAAAUUAAAUAUGAACCAUCUUUUGAAAAGUCAUAAAAUUUAAACGAAAAACUUAAUAGUCAUACUAAUUAAAUUUCAACUAUAUUUUAAAACUUAUAAGAAUUGGAAUCAGAUUUCAAUUAUUAAAUUCCCUUUUAUCAUUAAUUAAUGAAUGAAUUUAAGAAAGCAGAUUAAAGUACUUCUACUUUAGAUGUUUCUGAAAUUAAAUUUUAUUAAGGAAAAUAAUUGACUGAAUUAUUUCUUUUACGUAUGGAUCAAGUAUCAAGAAUGAUCAAAAUUCAAUAGGUUAAGAAUACUUAUGUUGAAUUAGAAUGUUAAAAGAAAAACGAAAUUAAAAUAUUAGUUUCUAGAAAGCAAAAUAAAAAUGGCAUUAUUGAUAAAUUCCUAGAAGAUUAAUAGUAAAAUUAAUUGUUGGUUUUAUAAGGGGAAGCUGGUUCUGGAAAAAGUUUAGCUAUCAAAAUGAUUGAAGAAUUUGUUUGGAAAAGAAAUGACGCAAUUAAAAUUAUACCUGUCAUAGUUAAGUUGUCUGAAUUGAAAGAUCCUAUUUAUAAUGCUAUUAAUGAAACUUUGAGAUCUUUAAAUUAUAAAUUUGAUGUAUCUCAAAUUGAAUAACUAUAAAAAGAUGUUAAUUAGAAUAAAAUGUAAAUGUUGUUCAUAUUUGAAGAAUAUGAUAAACUUAGUUAACAUCAAAUAGAAAUUAAUUUAUUCAAAUCAAACAAUCUUUAUUAAUGGAAGACUCCAUCUUUAUAAAAAUCUCCAAAAUACAUUAUUGCCACAAGAAGUGAAUUAUUUAAAUAUUCAAAUCAUUUAAGAUGGAUAGAUAAUCAGGAAAUUGAUUACAACUUUUAAAAUUAUUGGAAUGUUAAAAUAUUACCCUUUAGCAUCGAGUAAAAAAAUAAAUUUCUUUUGAAAUUUUAAGAAUUAAUAGUAAGAAAUACAGUAAUAGAUUAUUACUAGAUUUUAUGCGAAUUUGAACACCAAGAUUUAUUGAUGCAGAAUUUUAUACAGUUAUGGAAAAAAAUUGAUCUCAAUCUUAACGAAUCAAGCAUAGAAAAUUCAUUAAUAACAUAAUCAACCAUUAAUAAGAUUGUAAAUGCUUUAAAACAAGAACCUAAACUUAAAAACCCUAAUGAUAUAGCUUUUCAAAAUUUAUAAAAGUCUUUAGAAUAAAUAAAAUCAUUUUAAUACUAUUAAAAAAUGUUGGAAUAAUUAAAUUAUUAAUAAUCUAUUGAUAAUCCAUCUAUUUUAAAUGUUUAUGUAUCAGCAUUACCUAAGUAUUUAUAAAAUAAGUCACAUCCAGAAAUAGUAAAGAAAGAAUAUUUCGAUAUUUAUUUUAAUGAUAAUUAUGCUAUUAAUUGUGAUAUCUAAACCUGUAACUCAUAAAUAGAAAAAGAUUGGAAUAAAUUAAUAAACAGCCAAUUUUUUCAACUUUAUAAUGCUGAAGAUCCCAUAGCUAAAACCUAAAUAUACUUAGCACAAUAAUUUGGUGAUGAUUAAUAAUUUUAAAAUAAAGUGAUUAAUAUUAUUGAGAAAAUGAAUAUUACUCAUUAUGAUUUAUAUGAAUAAUUCUUAACAAAUUUUUUUGAUACUGCAUUGAUUCGUAUCUAAAUAAAUGAUUAGAGUAUUAAUUUAUAGGCAUUUUAAUAAGAAUAAUGGAAUUUCUGUUUGAAUUUAGCUUAAAAAUUAUCAUAGCAUGAAAUUUUUACUAUUCAUUUUAACAGUUAAGGUUCUUUAAUAAAAGUAGGAGGAUCUGUUACUGAAUGGGAAUAAUAUUUUAAUGAUGAUGAGUAUGUAUCAUAAAAUAAUAAAUUUUCUAAAAAAUUACUAAGAAAUUCUAUCCCAUUAAGAGAAUAAUUUUCUAUUUAUUCAUUUGAAAAUAAAAUUAUCUAAGAAUUUUUAGUAGCUAAAGCUAUUAUCACAUAAUUAGAAGCUUUAGAAAAAAACUCCUAACUUGAUGAAGUUAUGCAAAAUAGUAUUCUUAUGUUGAAGAAUAUAUCAAGUCCUUUUUUUUUAGGAACAGUUAACUUUUUUGUUUAAAAAUGUAAAAGAAAGUUUAGUCUUAAAUAAUAAUUAAUUAAAAUCAUUUAACAAUCAUCCUUUGGUGAAUAAUAUUGUACUUUAGCAUCUAAUGCUUUUUAUUUGUUGUAAAAUAUUGAUGGUGUGUUUAAAGGCUUAUAUUUUUAAGGCAUACGAUUAAAGGAUAUUCCUUUAGAUCAAUGUCAUUUUUAUAAUUGUAACCUUUAAUCAUCAGAAUGGACUAAUAUUUCAGUCAAUUCUUUAACAUUAAUGAAAAACAAUAUGAAAAAUAUGAAAUGCUAAAAUUUGAAAUUGAGUACUUUUUCAUUUAAAAAUAGUGCAUCAAAUCCUAAAUUUAUCAAAUAAUUUAAAUCUGGAAAGUUAAUUAUUGUUAACGAAAAUAGGAUUCAGAAUAUAAAAGGCGAAACCAUAAUUGAUGGAAAAUUUAAUAAUUGUUCUAUAAUAGAAAUCAAAAACCGAUUUUAUGUUAAAACAAGCUAAUAAGUUUGUUUAUUAAAAGAAUAGAAUGAUCUAAUAGAAGCGGAAAUAUUAAAAAUUCCUAAUGUUCAUUCGAUUUCAGAAUUUGAUCAAUAUAUUAUGAUUUUUUAAAUAAAUAGCGAUAUAGAUGGGGUAAUAUUUGAAUUAAAUAGUAAAACAAAUCAAAUUAAACAUUAAAUACCUAUUAAUCAAAGUUUUAUUACGGAUUACAACAUUAAAAAAUACUAUUAAAUGUAUGGAAAUAAGAUUUUAUUUUUAACAAAUACAUAAUAAAUUUCAAGUAUGCAUUAUUAAAUAGAAAAUGACUAAUUAUAAUUUGAUAAUUUGACCAAUCAUGCAUCCAUUAAUGGAGAUGAUUAAAUUGUUACUAUUAAUUAUUAUAAUGAUUUAGAUAUCACAGUAGUAUCCUUUAGAGAUCAAGAUUCUAUGUAGAUUUAUGAUAUUAUUUAUGGUACAAUAAAUUAAUUGAUUGGAAGAUUUAUUUUACUUGAAAAUUAAAAGAUUGAAUUCUUUUUUUUGAAAAAUGAUAAAUUAUAAUUAAUAAACCAAGAAACAUUUAAAAUGAUAAAUGAGUGUUCAAUUAGCAAUGUAAAAUUAGAUUUAUUGUAAAAUAAUUGUAUCAAAACAAAUGAUUCGGUUUUAUUUUCUUUUAUUGAUUCAAUAGUAAUUUUAAGUCUUCAUCCUUUUGAAGUCAUUAAAUUUAUAUAAGUAGGUGCUAUUGAUUUUUUGUUAAACAAAUAAAUAAAUCAAUUAUAAAUAUUGACAUAGAAAGAGAUUAUUAAUUAUGAUGUUAAGUAUUUGGAAGAUAGAUAAAAUUAAAUAAAAUAAUUUAACUAUUAAUUUGAAGAAGUAGUGUUUUCAUAAACAUCUCCAAAUUUUUUAGGCAGAAUUAGAAAUACAGAUGAAAUUGUAUUAGCAACAUUUAAAAAAAAUGAUUUUGAAUUUAAAGUAUUAAUGAAAUCUAAGAAUCCUAGAUUUUAUUUGAGCAAUGAAUAAAAUUCAGCUAUAAUUUGUGAUGGUAAUUGUACAGUUUAUUUUGAUUUAAAAAAUAACAUGUAAACUAAAAUAGUAAAUUUAUAAUAUGAAAAAAUUUUGUGGAUUAAGGACAAUUAAAAUUUAUUUUAUAUAUAAUCUGGAUUUGUUGAAGAGUAUCGAAAUUCUGUGAUAACUAUAAAAAAUAAAAUAUAAAGUAAAUAAUCAUACAGAUAAAUAAAACAGGUUUAGAGUACUGAAAAUAAAUUAUACAUUGCAACAACAACAAAUGACACUAUAGUAAUAAAUUAACAAUUUGUUUAAGAGUAUAUUACAACAAAAUAAAUGAAUAAAAAAUAUAGAGAAUAUUAUAUAACAGAAAAUGAUUUACGAUAUGAGAGUUCUAAUAGGAACACAAUUACAAUACAUUAUAAAACAAAUAAUCGAAUAAAUGAUUUUUGGAUAUUUUCAGAUACAAUUUUGAUUAAAGAAUAAUAAGAAGAUAAUGAUAUGGCAUUAUUAGUGUUAUUAGAAAAAUAAAAUUGCUAAACAAUAGCUGAAAUAUAUGUAAAGAUAGAUUUUAUAGCUUACACAAAAGAAUAAAUACUAAUAAUUACAAAUAAAUUGAUUUGGUUAACAUAUUCAGCAUUAAAUUUAUAAUUAUUGUAAACAACAAUUUUAAAUGCAAAUACAAUGUUUGUUUCUUCAAAUUAUUUGGAUUAAUUGAUGAUAAUAUCAUAAUAUUCUGAAAUAACAAUUUGGAACACAAUAACAAAUAUGGUUGAAUUUAAUUAGAAAAAUGUGGAACUUAUUUAAUAUGUAAAAAUGAUACCAUGUAACUAGAAUGAAUACUAUAUUGCUGACAGAGAUAUAUUGAAAUUGUAUAUAUAACAUUAAGUGCGUUUUUCAAUUUAAUUAAGUAAGAAAAGGAUAAAUUUGAUUACUAAUAAAUAUGGAAUACAUCAUCAUAUUUAUUAAGUAGAAGAAGAUAAAGUAAUAUACAAUUGUAUGAGUGAAGAUAAUAAAGUUAUAAAUUGGAGAAAAGUAGUUUUUGAAUUAGAUUCAAUAAGAGAAUAAAUUGUUUGUUAUGAUAAUAGAGAUAGUAGAUUAGUAUUUUUAGGUGGAUCAAAAGUAUAAUAAGUUCAAUUAGAUGCUUUCGAUGAUAUUAAGGUUCUUGAUAUUCCAUCUACAUUUAAAGGAUGUUAGGUUAAAUACAAUAGAGAUUGUUCAACUAUAUAUUUAAGAUCAAAUGAAUAGUUAUUAGUUGUUGAAUCUAUGACAAUGAAUAUAAUUAAUUAAAUUAAUCUUAGAGAAAUAUUGCCUUAGCCUUAUGAUUUCGGUUAAAAGCUAGAAAUUUAUUGUUAAAAUUACAAUAAUAUUAUAAUUUAGUAAGAGAAAAAUGGUUAUCAUUUUGUCUACAACUAUAAUUAAUAAACUGGUAAUGGCUAAUUGGAUAUGAUAACAAUUGGAAAUUAUAAUCACUUUAUUGGAACCAAUUCAUAUGGAUUAUUAAUAAUAAAUAGCUAAUCAGGGAUUAUUGAAUUAUUUUAGCCUAAAAUUAUUAAUCCAUAAAACAAUUUUGUUUCCUAUAACAGAUAAUAAUAACAUAAUAAAUCAAAUAUAGUAAAAUGUGAUAUUUGUGAUAACUUAUUAGAGAAUUCCUAAAUAAUAUCAACUAAUGGAUAGAAUUUAAGUGAUCUAUGGAAAUAAGGUGAAUAAGUUGAUUUAUUAAUAUCAUUUUGA